UCACACUCCCCGCGAACCCUAACGAAACUACUUUAGUGUCUGUCUUUUACGCGCCUAAAAUCCUGUGUCGGCUUUCUUCUUCCUCUUCUCACUUUCGGAUCUACAUUGAAAAUCGCAAAUCCUCCGUCAAAAUUCUCCUCUAGUCAAAUCAAUCCCGGCGAAUCGGAUUAUCGUUGUCGGAGUUUGUCAGUGGAUGAAUCGCAAUGGCUAAAGCAAAUCAAAACUUUUCUGCGUAUCAAGAGACCCAACCGAUUGAUUCUAAUCCCUCUUCUCCUUCUGAUUCUGGUGAAGAUAAAGAUAGCUUGCUUGGGGAUUGUGACACACAACCUUUUGAAGACGAUGCUUGGAUUAAUGAUCAAUAUAUGGAGACUCAGGUCAUUGAUAUUGAAUGUGAUAAUGAAGAAUUUCUUCUUUGUAAUGAAACUCAAGCGGUUGAUUUGGGAUUUGAAAACGGAGAAGAAGUAUUUGUAGAGGGGACACAGUUACUUGAAGCUUCUGAUGGUUUGGCUACUCAGGUUUUGGAUCUUUGUGAUGAUGAAGUUGUUGUGGAUAGUGAGGAUGAUGUUACUGAUGUCUUGGAGGAUAACAGUGAGCUCUCUGAUAGUGAUGACUCGUGUAGUAAAGCGGAAACUGUGUUAUCUAGUGAAGAGAAUAGACAGGAUGCUAAUGAAAAGGUUAAAUCAACAGUUGCCCUUGAUGCUAAUUGGUCGAACGAACAUGGAGUUUCGGGGAAAAAGGUGGCUAGGUUCGCUUCAGUUCGUUCAUCAGCUUUUCGUGCUUCUGCUGUGGCAGCUCGUGCGGCAAACCCCAACACUGACUGUUCUACUCUAAUCAACUGUCAUUCUUCUGGGAAAGGAGCCACACAUAAUUCUAGUCUAGAAAAUAGUGUUGGAGAAGUAGGGAAUCAGCAAUCUCUUACCAGUAUAUUUGUUGAAGAGAAAAAUGACUUAAGAACAGCAAACAAAACAGCGAGGAAGCUUUUCAUUGAGGAUUUGCCUGAAGAAAAUUGUCAUUCUACUGAUGGCAAUGUCGAUCUGGGGAAUUUGAGUUAUAUUGACUCUCAAGAACCUGGCGAGGCAUCCCAGGCCAGUGCUCUUAACUUGGUUGAUAAGCUCAUUAGUGAGUGCCGUCUAGAGUUUGAUUUUGAAGUUGAAGCUGACUAUGGAAGGAAAACAGAAGAAAAAUCAAAAUUUGUUCAGAUUUUUAAAGGUCCACAAGAAUUAGCAAAGAAAGUAAGUUACAAAAGCGGAGCUGUUGGAAACGAUAUUUUCGACUGGGAUGAUAAUCGUGAGGAUGAAGGAGGGGGUGAUAUCUAUCGUAGAAGAAAAGAUGAAUUCUUUGGCGUUGCAAGUAAAAGACGGGAAUUUUCUAGCUUGCCUAGAGAACAGAAAAGAGAACUGAUACCAGUUGCUGUGGAUAAAAGAAGGGCUUCUGAUUCCAAACUGUUGCAGCAUAGUGUGACUAGGAGCCGAAAAAAUAUCCAGGGUGCUAAAAAGAAUCUUGGCAAAGAGUUAGAUGAAGUUCGUGAAGCGGUAGUUUUAGGGAAUUAUACACAAGUGGCUGCUGAAGCGAUUGAUGAUCUGUCCUCUGGAGCCUGUGGCAAGUUUGAUGCUGAGGCGAGUUGUCUUACAGGAAAGAAACUGUCACCAGGAGAAGAGAGAGGAUUUUCUCCCGGUGGAGUCGUUACUAGACAAUCCAAGGGAACUAAGAGGAUUCAGGCUAUGAGUAAAGAUGAAUUGUUGAAAAAAAGAAUGAAGAAGGCUAGUCCAAGUCCUGCUAAAGCUUGCCGGAGGAAUAUUGAAGGGUCUUUAAAGGGUGACCAGCUUGAUAAAGAAGGUCCAUGCUUCUGGAAGAGUAGGAAGGUCCAGACUGCUUCACGAGAAACUAAAAACUUAACCUUACCAUUAGCGGAACCUAUCUCCAAGACAAAGAGUACUAGAAAGAGAAGAGAUUUGGGUAGUAUACGUGUCCUGUUCAGCCAGCAUCUUGAUGAAGAUGUGACCAAGCAUCAGAAGAAGAUUUUGGCAAGGUUUGAUAUCUCGGAAGCUUCCUCCAUGAAGGAGGCAACACACUUCUUAGCUGAUAACUUUACGCGCACAAGGAACAUGCUAGAGGCAAUCGCUUCAGGCAAGCCAGUGGUCACAACACAAUGGCUUGAAAGCAUCGAUCAAGUAAGCAUAUACGUUGACGAGGAUAUGUAUAUACUCAGAGAUUCAAAAAAGGAGAAGGAGUUCUGUUUCAACAUGGGGGUUUCUUUGGCUCGUGCACGCCAGUUUCCGCUACUACAGGGGAGAAGAGUUUUUAUCACCCCAAAUACAAAGCCUGGUUUAAACACAAUCACGACUUUGGUUAAGGCUGUUCAUGGACUGCCUGUAGAAAGACUCGGAAGAUCUGCCCUAAGUGAAGAUAAGGUCCCAGAGAAUCUUCUGGUCUUAUCAUGUGAAGAGGAUCGCGCUACCUGCAUACCGUUUCUAGAAAGAGGGGCCGAGGUAUAUAGCUCGGAGUUACUACUGAAUGGGAUAGUUACUCAAAGGCUUGAGUAUGAGAGGUACCGUCUCUUCACAGACCAUGUGAGAAGAACGCGGUCAACGAUAUGGAUCAAAGACGGCAAAGGUAAGUUUCAACGCCGUAGCGGGUAAAAGAGGAAAUGUGAUCAAACUCAUAUAUGAGAGCUCUGUUUUAGAUUAGAUUAGAAAGUGGCUGUAUAUGUAACAUGUUUGGCUUCAACUCGUGUAAUUAUAAUCUGUUGGGUUUUGAGUGUUAAGUCAUUAUGAAAAUUUGAAAA